AGCCAAGGUUGCAUUUGGUGACUUUGCAGUCCAUUUUGACGUUUUAAUAACUUCUACUCUGCUACUGUCAUCUAAAAUUUGGCCGACUUCAUUUCUGUGCCGUAUCUCCGACUGUUGAAAUAAGCUUUUUAUGUUUCACAACAUGGAAGUGGAUAAUACUGACACGGCCUCCGGCCAGCGAGAGCAGUCCAAAGUUAUCCAGAGCAGCAACUUAUCCAAUCCGGUGGACACUGCGGACAACCCUUUGCCGAGUGGCAUUAGUGGAGCUGAAGGUGACGAGCACCUACGCAAGAUUUUCAUUGGAGGCUUGUCCACCCAGACAACAGUGGACACCUUGCGAGAUUUCUUCCAAAAAUUUGGAGAAGUUGCCGAUGCGGUGGUCAUGCGAGAUCCGGUGAGCAACAACUCGAGGCGCUUUGGAUUUGUCACCUUCGUGGAGGCCACAUCGGUUGAAAAUGUCCAGAGGGCCAUGCCACACACCGUGGAUAACAAAGCUGUGGAGACUAAGCGUGCUUUGCCACGUCAAGAGUUAUACAAGCCGGGAGGAGGUGGAGGUAUAAAUCAUAGAAGUGGUGGCCUCGGAUUUGGCGGCGCCAAAUCGAACAAGAUCUUUCUGGGCGGUCUUAAGGACUGUCACGACGAGAAAACCCUUUGCGAGUACUUUUCGCAGUUUGGAGAAAUCGCCCAUGUAAAAUUACUAAUGGACAAGGAUACAGGGCGUAAACGAGGAUUUGGAUUCCUCGAAUUCGAGGAGACACUUAGUGCUGAACGGGCCUUGGAACAGGGCAAGCAUUCGAUCAAGAUGAACACGGUGGAGGUUAAGAAGUCCCACCAGAGGCAGGAUCCCGGCAAGCGCCUGCGAUUCCCCGUAAGCGGUUCGAUGAGAACCGGUUAUUUGCCACCGCAGUCGCACAUAAUGGAGAGCUACAACUGCAAUCCGUAUAUGGCACAGGCCAUUUUGCCACCAUCGGCAUUCAUCAACGGCUGGGCUUCCUAUGUGACACGUGUGGCACCAUCGGCAAAACCCGUCCUUCACGCCACCCACCCUCAAUACCAUCAGCAGUCGACGCCGGUGCACAACUUUGCCGGAUACGGUCCGGAUGCAUGGUCGUCUUACCAGAAACCAGGAAAAUGUGCUACCCACGGGUGGACAACCACCAAUGUUGGCCAAUGGCCACCAAAAGAAGGGCACAAACAUGCCCAGACCUCGACUAGUGAUCGUCCGAGGAGCGAUUAUAUGUGCACCCAGGUGGCACCUUCGUAUCCCAAAUUGGAUCUGGGGGCCAGAGGGGAUGCAGAUGGAGGAUCCGGCGUGGGAUUGGGUCUGGGAUUGACAGCGGGAGCUUCACUUGAAACUGGGACAACCAAGAAAUGGCCAACCGAUGACUAUAAGAUCUUCAAGCCCGCUCAAAGUCCAACCCCGCUCCAAAACCCAAAAAUUGGCAACGGGGACUCUCCACCAGCAUAUGGCAUCUGAAAUGAUGAGACCCCGAUCGACUAUUUUCCUGAAUCCUCUGCUAAUUGGUGUCCCAAUAUUUUUACGAUAUGUAUGCUAUUCCUUCGAGAGGAGAAAAAAUAAACCACACUGCACAUUUUGAGACUUAAAAUCGUAAA